GCGAGAUGAGGAGAAAUGGCAAAAGACAACAAAGCUGAGGAGGAAUUUGACACAGUUUUCAGCAGAAACGAUUCUCUGGAGCUUUCUGCACAGCACGACCAUGACCCCACACAGGCCCGGACCUUUAAGAUCAUCGUGAUCGGAGACUCCAACGUGGGGAAGACGUGUCUGACGUACCGGUUCUGCGGAGGCACCUUCCUGAAGAACCCCGAGGCGACGAUCGGGGUCGAUUUCAGAGAGAGGUCGGUGGAGCUGGAUGGAGAGAGUGUCAAGUUGCAGAUCUGGGACACGGCCGGUCAGGAGCGUUUCAGGAAGAGCAUGGUGGAGCACUACUACCGCAACGUCCACGCCGUCAUCUUUGUGUACGACGUGACCAGCCUCUCAUCCUUCGACAGCAUCCCCGAGUGGAUUGAGGAAUGCAGCCGACACUGUGUGGGGCCCCUUGUGCCGCGCAUCAUGGUGGGAAACAAGUGUGAUCUGAGGGAGUGCAGGGAGGUCCCCACGGCGGCCGCCCAGUGUCUCGCUGACAGAUACAACUUCCCGUUGUUUGAGACCUCGGCCAAAGACGCUGCCGAGAAGGAGCACGUCGAUGCCAUUUUUCUGACGAUCGCUUAUAGGCUGAAGAGUCACAAACCUCUGAGACUGAAGCAGCUGCGUGAGAGUGGUGCGAGUAAUCAGUGGAGCCAGAGAGAGCAGGAAGAAGCAGCUUGUCAAUGCUAAGGUCAAGUCCAUCUUAUAUGGAUUUUUAUGGUCACCCCGGCCGUCUGGAACAAUCACGAUGCUGAGAAACGCAGCGUUGAGUUGAGCUUCCAGACAUUAACGUCUGAAAGGACAGAAGCUUCUUAUGAUUUUUGCACUUUCCCCUUCCUACUGUAAGGCACAGCUUGUGACAGUAUGGGUAAUGUAUAUCUAAGUUUGCACAACAUUGAAUCAACAUUUCAAUGAAAUGCACAAAUCGAUUUGGAGUUAUGACGAGUAUAUGUUUAUCAAACUUCACAUGAAAUCAUUCACAGCAUUGCAGAGUACAUUUUAUUAUGCACAUGAAUUAUAUGCAAUCAGCCGUCUAGUAGCACUACAACUAUCAGAAUCCAAAGCAGACAGUAAGUAAAGGGAAAAACAGAUUUCCCUGUGCAUAAAGGGACCCGUGAGAUAAACUGUGAAGUAAACAUUCUCUAUAAAUGUUUUACAGUGACAUGCAAUUCCUAAAACUGUAAGUUUUGGUGCUGUUAUUACAUGUUAAUCUCUCAAAUUUCAAGCUUUAUGAUGUCAGAACUAUCCAUAUUUGACUGGUACUUUCUUGCAUGUGUUCAAUAAUGCAAAUGUUUAACAGCAGCCCGAAGAAUUGGAACAAUAUAA